AUGGACAUCAAGAAACGUCAAGUGAUCACCGUGCACGUGGGACAGGCUGGCGUGCAGAUGGGCAACGCGGUGUGGAGCCUAUACGGGAUGGAGCACGGGAUCGGGCGGGACGGCUGUUUGACGGCGAUGACGGAGGCGGACGCCGCGUGCCCCGCGGAACACUCGACGUUUUACAAGGAAACGAUGUCCGGACAGUAUAUUCCGCGGACGGUCAUGGUGGACCUGGAGCCAACGGUGAUCGAUCAGAUCCGGUCGGGGCCGAACCGCGGCCUGUACCACCCGGACCAGCUGAUAUCGGGCAAAGAGGACGCGGCAAACAACUUUGCGCGCGGUUACCACACCGAGGGCCGGUCGUACCUGGACAACGUGCUGGAGGGCAUCCGGCUGUUCGCCGAGUCGAGCGAGGGCGUGCAAGGGUUCAUMGUUUUCCACUCGAUGGGCGGCGGCACGGGCUCGGGCUUGACCAGCCUGGUGUCGGAGAGCCUGCGCCAGGACUACGCGAAGAAGAGCAACCUAGAGGUGCUCGUGUACCCGGCGCCCAAGGUGUCCACGGCCGUGGUGGAACCGUACAACGCGCUGCUCGUGUCACACAAGACGCUUGACACGACCGACUGCGCGUUCAUUGUGGACAACGAGGCGAUAUACGACAUCAGCGCCGGCAAGCUGGACGUUGAGCGGCCAAUGUACCACAACCUGAACCGCAUCAUCAGCCAGGUGGUGUCGUCCAUUACCGCGUCGCUGCGGUUCCCGGGCUCGCUCAACGUGGACAUCAACGAGUUCCAGACCAACCUGGUGCCGUUCCCGCGCGUCCACUUCCCGCUGCUGGCGUACGCGCCGUUCACAUCCGCCCAGCGGUCCUCGCACCAGCGGCCACCCAUCGUAGACCUGACGGCCGCUUGUUUCGAACCCGGCAACCAGCUGUUCAAGCUUAGCGACCAAGAGUACGACAGCGGCAAGUACAUCGCGUGCUGCAUGUUGUACCGCGGUGACGUGGUGGCGAAGGACAUCAACCACGCCAUCCGACAUAUCCGGGACACCAAGGGGCUGGAAUUCGUUGAGUGGUGUCCGACCGGGUUCAAGGUGGGCAUCAACUGCCGGCCGCCCGUGGCCGCCAUGUCCCCGGACGACGAGCUGGUGGGCGGCGGCGGCCGGGCCGUGUGCAUGAUGUCCAACACGACGGCCAUAGCAAGCGCGUGGACGCGGCUGUGCGAGAAGUUCGACCUAAUGUUCCGCAAACGCGCGUUCAUCCACUGGUACGAGAGCGAGGGCAUGGAGAAAGAAGACUUCGUCGUGGCCCGGGAGAAUAUCGAGGUCCUGCGGCACGAUUACAGGGAACUGAUGCCGUCCACCAUGUCGGCUGCCACCGGGGUCCGGAAAUCAACCGAACUCUCCGUCCACGGCCAACAGAAUUUCCUGCAGGGCGAUUUCGAGCCUUCCAUGAUCACAGAAAUCUGA